UAUUCAUAAUAGAAGGUUGCAAGCGGACAUGAAAAAUUAGGAAAAUAAAUGCCCACAUGUUGCAGUCUGUACAGCAACAAACAGCUAAACACAUUCCACGUGGCCUUCUGUCAUUUCUCUACCCUCCACAUGAAUGGGCCCCACUCCCCAUUUCCCACUAUAUAAAACUUGACGCCAAUCCAAUUCCCUCACCGCCACCGCCACCGCCGCCGCAAAACAUUCCAACCAAAAUGGUGGGUGUUUUCCGGCGCUCUCUAUCAUUCCCAAACAAGCCGCCGGCCAUUUCCCGUCAGACAAAGCCCCGAAUUUCCCGGCACCUUAGAUCCCUAAGUUUACCCUGCAGAUCCCACCCGUUAAUCUCAUCUCUCAAGGACGAAAUCGCCAAUCUCAAAUCCUGGUCGUCCACCGACCACCGCGACGCCGUCUGGCUCUGCCGUGGACUUACGACCGUGAAACUCGUACACGACUAUCUCGACGACAUCCUCCAACUCCCACAAUCCCGGGAGUCGAUAUGUCGGCUAUCGAAAUGGGUGGAGAAUGUUCUAGAAGACUUCCUCUGUUUCAUCGACGUUUACGGAAUCUUCCAGAGCCUCAUCCUGGGGUUCAGAGAGGAGCACGUGGCAGCCCAUGUGGCCAUCAGGAGAAAAGACAAAACCAAAUUGGAUUUAUACACAAAAGCCCGAAAACGUAUGGCGAAAGAAACGACCCAAUUGGUAUCGGUGGUCCGGGGAGUGAAGGCGGCGGAGGGGACGGCGGUUUCCGAGGAGGAGCUGGAGGCGGCGAUUAAGGAUGUGAUGGAAGUGACGGGGAUGGUUUCGGUGGCGGUUUUUGAGGGAAUUGGGGCGUCGUUGGGGUCACGGAGGAACCGGUGGACGGGGAAGACGAAGAAGGUUGAGAAUGGGAUAUUGGAGUUUAUGGAAGUGAGUCAAAAUGGUGACGUGGAUGAAUUGACGGUGAGGAUUGAAAAGAUGAGGGAUUUGGAGGAAGGGAUUCGCUGCAUUGAGAGUAGCACAGAGAAACUGUUUCGGAGGUUGAUUGAUACUAGAGUUUCUAUACUAAAUGCUAUCUCGCAUUAACAUAAUAAUUAUGAGAUUAAGAAAAAAAAAAAAAA